CUGUUUCUCAUGUCAGUAAAAAUUCCUCCCUGUCCUCUGCCGGCAUGUAGUUAUCGACAAGAAAGCCAUGGCUGGCAGAGGCAAGGACAGCUCGGUCGCCAAAGCGCAAGGUGCAAAUCGUGAAAAGGGAGCAAAGGCAAAGGCAAACAACUCGAUCCCACUGCGCGGCCAUAUUAUUCACUUUCUCCAUUUCUUCCCUAGCUGGCUAGCUCUCUCCGAUCCUCCUGCGCCCAUUCUCUUUCGUCUGGUUGGGUGGAGAUAAGCUGGAGAGACUGGAGAGGUGCGCCGAGCUGUGGGAUCGGAGACCGAGCGAGCAAUAAAUAGAAAGUAAGGUCGGGGCCGGCCUCCAUGGCGGCGGUUGCAGGCGCCCUCGAAUCCCUCCCCUGAAGUCCACUGACUCCGCGCGUCUCUCUCUCUCUCUCUCCUUCUUCUUCCUUCCUCGUCCUCCUGCUGCGCCUCUUUAUAUAGCCUCCAAUUCCGGAAAGCAGCUUGCUUGCGUUCUCUCCCACCCCUCCUUCCCUCCUCCAGAUACUACUUAUUGUAGACGGCGCGGGUGAGGGAGAAAGCGAGAAUUAGCCUGCUUAGACCCCAAGACGCGAAGAGAGGAAAAGGAUUACGCAAGAAGAGAGGUGGAUUAGAGGCGAGCUGCUUCCUAUUUUCAGCGAAGGCAAGGAGCUAGCUGCUAGCAAGGAGCCGAGGCAGAGAGAAAGAGGGAUCGGAGGAGGAGCUGAUAAGGCUAGCCUCGCUCUUUUGGUGGUGGUGGUGGCGGUGGACUGGUGGCGCACACUCUCCCUCUCGCUCGUCUUGAUGGUGGUGGGUGGCGGCAGCGGCUGCCUCGCAUGGCUGGGUUCUCUCUGAGGAGCGGCGGAGCCGGAGGAGGCGGAGGCGGGAGGGGCGGGGACCGGGGCGGCGAUCACUCGAUCGGCGCCGACAGCCUGUUCCUGUACGCGCGAGGGGCGGCCGCCGCGGCCGCCGACACGGCGGCCAGCGGCGGCGGGAUAGGGUUCCAGCUCUGGCACCCGCACCAGGUCCAGCAGGCGGCGGCCGCGCCGCACACGUCGCAGUUCUUCUCCUCCGGCGCCGUGGCCACGGGCGUCGUGCUCGGCUUCUCGUCUCAUGACGGGGGCGCCGCCGGGAUCGCCGGCGCCGGGGGCGGCAGGGCCGGCACCAGCUGCCAGGACUGCGGCAACAACGCCAAGAAGGACUGCCCCCACAUGCGCUGCCGCACCUGCUGCCGGAGCCGCGGCUUCAGCUGCCCCACGCACGUCAAGAGCACCUGGGUCCCCGCCGCCAAGCGCCGGGAGCGCCAGCAGCAGCUCGCCGCGCUCUUCCGCGGCGCCGCCAACAGCAACAGCGCCGCCGCCGCCGCGAGCAAGCGCCCGCGCGAGCUCGUCCGGUCCCUUGGCCGUUUGCCGUCCGCCAACUCCGCCAUGGUCACCACGACCACCUCCUCAGGCGACGGCGGCGGCGGUAGGUUCCCGCCGGAGCUGAGCGUGGAGGCGGUGUUCCGCUGCGUGCGGAUCGGGCCGGUGGACGAGCCAGACGCGGAGCUGGCGUACCAGACGGCGGUGAACAUCGGCGGGCACACUUUCAAGGGGAUCCUGCGUGACCACGGGCCGGCGGACGACGCGGGCCAUCUGCCGCCGCCCUCGGCGGAGUACCACCACCACCAGCUGACGGCGGGGCAAGCGAGGGAAGCGCCGUCGCCGGCGGGGAGCAGCGAGGCGGCGGCCACGGCAGCGACGUCGGCGGCGGUGCUGAUGGAUCCGUACCCGACGCCGAUCGGCGCCUUCGCCGCAGGCACCCAGUUCUUCCCUCAUAACCCUAGAACCUAGCUCACUACUACUAGUAUCUACAUAUUAGCUAGCUUUGCUGCUUCCAUUAUUAUGGCUUUCGAUCGAUCCUAGUAGUAGCUUAAUUCCUUGAUGGUUCCAUUUACUUCCUCCAAGUUCCAAAUUAAAGAUGAUGAUGAUGAUGAGCAUGAACUAAGUUGUCGUCAUCGUCGUCCUCGGGAUUAGCAAACAAAUUCGAGACAAACGGGAAGAUAUUUUUAUUGUUACUAUUUCUUCUUCCACUACUA